AAAGGCUGGCAGUGGGUGGACGCGGCGCGCGGGGACACAGAGCGGCGGUGGGGACAGGACAGCGAGCCGAGCCAGACAAAAAGUAAACUUCCUGAAGAGGACAUGUGAUUGGAAGUUGUCAUUUGUUGAAGUGUUGGCAACUCCAGGUCUCUAAAGUUUUAGAAAAACACAACGAACGGUUCUCUACCCUCUUAAGUUUCCUUCACCCUCCUGGCUGUUCUCUGGAUGAUUCAUAGUCCCUUUGCCAAAGAAAAUCUUGAUUUCAGUGUGAACCACUGAGUUCUUCAUUAUGUCUGAUGGAGAUUAUGAUUACCUCAUCAAGUUUUUAGCUUUGGGAGACUCUGGAGUAGGGAAGACCAGUGUACUUUACCAGUACACAGAUGGUAAAUUUAAUUCCAAGUUUAUCACGACAGUGGGCAUUGAUUUCAGGGAAAAGAGAGUGGUGUACAGAGCCAACGGGCCAGAUGGGGCCAUUGGCAGAGGCCAGAGAAUCCACCUGCAGUUAUGGGACACAGCAGGGCAGGAGAGGUUUCGUAGCUUGACAACAGCAUUCUUCAGAGAUGCGAUGGGUUUUCUUCUACUUUUUGAUUUGACAAAUGAGCAAAGUUUCCUCAAUGUCAGGAACUGGAUAAGCCAGCUACAAAUGCAUGCAUAUUGUGAAAACCCAGAUAUAGUGUUAUGUGGAAAUAAGAGUGAUCUGGAAGACCAGAGAGUAGUAAAAGAGGAGGAAGCCAGAGGACUUGCAGAGAAAUAUGGAAUCCCCUACUUUGAAACUAGUGCUGCCAAUGGGACAAACAUAAGCCAAGCAAUUGAGAUGCUCCUGGACCUGAUAAUGAAGCGAAUGGAACGGUGUGUGGACAAAUCCUGGAUUCCUGAAGGAGUGGUGCGGUCUAAUGGUCACACCUCUACAGAUCAGUUAAGUGAAGAAAAGGAGAAGGGGGCAUGUGGCUGUUGAAAGUCAAGUGAGUGACACAGUAUUUCAGGUGGCCCAUGUCUGUGAUCUUCUCUAUGGUUGAUACGUGGCACAGUGAGAGAUCAACAGGCAUUGUGUAUAGACUGCUGCUUACCAUCCCUGUUAGGCCUGUAAAUAAAGCAUCCAGUUUUACAAUUAAUUUGUUGUAGCUUUGUAAAUAUGUCUUUAAGAUUCAGCCCGAGAAUUAAGAGAAAUAUUUCACAGAGCCAAAAGUGCCUUAUAAAACCUUAUCACAUGGCAGUAGAUAAUUUAAGGAUUCCAGAUUUUGCAGCCAGAGAAGAGUAUAUUUAUUACAUAGAAUGACUGAGGAUACUGUCACCCGCCUUAAUGGAGAUAGGCCCAGAGUCUCACUUUUAAGAUCUUAGAUGCAAAUAUAAAACUAUCACAGUCUUGAAUCCAAAUUUAAAAACUUGUGCCAUAGGUGACCUUCUAAAAUGCUAUCAAAAUCCCUUGAAUGUUAAAAAAGAAUAUACACACACAUCAGUUCAAUGUCUUUGAGUGCUAAUUUUAUGUACACAUUCCUUUUAAUAUGAAAAUAGGACAAAUUACUGCUGUAGCUACAGACCUUGGAUAGACUGGAUUGACCAAUUGUAUACUCACUGUUUUGUUGGUGGGAAAGGAAGGUGUGAGGACAGGGGUGGCUUAGUGUAAUAUGGGCAACUGAAGUAGGGCUUUUGGCUUUCCACUGUAUUUCCAUUGCUCUGAAGGGUUGAUUGAUGGGUCAAGGAUUUUAUGUCUUUAGUUCACAGUGAUCUGUGCAUUCGUACUUGACCUAUGUGUUGGCUGCAUCUGAACAUAGCCAAUGUUUAUGCUGAAGUUAUUUGUGACUGGUGAAUAUUUAGCUUCUUUUUUCUUCAUAUUUAUAAAGGUGGUAUGGCAUUUUCAGGCUGCAGUUUCACUUGGCUUAUAAACUACUAAUCUUUUGUCUUCACCAUCAGGCUUUGUAUCAUUGAGAUCUGUACCUUGUAUUAUUUUUUCAUUGGUAGAAUUGAAGGAAUUGGUUUUUAAUUACAUAAAAUAUCUGUUUGCUAUUUGGUGGAAGCUAGAUGUUUAUAUUCAAGUGGUCACAUUUGUACUCUAGUUCAAUAUGAGAAAAUUGAAGUGUUCUCUAGCCUGUAUUUUUCAUUGAGAUCAUGGACAUCUACUGUACUUGCUGGUUCUUGCCAAGAUUAUGCAUUCUGCUGUGUUGCCAAAGUGUCUUUAUACCAAAUUAAAGGUGGUUUUAAAGUAUGCUCCAUGGAAGUUGUUUAUAAAGUUCAAAGAUCAUUUAGGGGAAAAUUCUUAUUUAUUAAAGUGGCUUAAAUUUUCCAAAGAGUUUAAUGGCUAUUUAGGAAGAAAUACUACUCAUUAUAAUUUAAAUCAAGAAUAAAAAUAAAUGUAUUUUGUGGCAGCAAAUGUUUGACAGAACUAUAAUUAUAAAAAUAUGAGUAUGAUGGAAAAUAAUUACUUUUCUAUGAUAAUUUCUAAACAGCUUUUUUAUUGAGCGCUUGUCAUGCUUUUUGCCACUGCCCUUCUAAGACUCCCAUAACAAACUUAGUGAUAGUUACUAAGAUUUUAUGUAUUUCUAUCCUUGAAAUGAGGGCAUCUUUUAAAUACCAAAGAAGUCAUUGAAGCCUAUGCAUUUGAAUUGUAUAUUCCAGUGAGGAAAAAAGAUUCAAAUGUUUCAAGGCUGGGUCAUAGUCAUACAUCAGUGCCUUCCAACUUUGCCAUAAGACUUUAGUGGAAUACAUUAUAAUUUUACAGCUACAUAUCAGGGCACAUUUUAUAUGGCAUAUUUUUGUAGUUAAAAAUAAAUAAGACAGUUUUGCAUGUUUCAGUUUUUAAGAACCAAGUAAGUAAUUAGCUACAGAUUCCAUUGGCCUUAAACAUACAAUUAAAUGUAUACAUGAUUCAGUACAUACAGAAGAACCACCUUUAAUUAUUGAAAUAAA